ACUACUACUACUGCUGCCAAUAUUACUACUACUACUACUGCUGAUAAUAUUACUACUACUACUGCUGCCGCUGCUGCUCCCUCCUCCCCACUACUACCACUGCUGGUACUAAUUACCACCGCUACCACUAAUAUUACUACUACUACCACUACUACUACUACUACUACUACUACCACUACUGCUGCCGCUGCUGCUGGCUGCCCUCCUCACCCUACUACUACCACUACUACUCACUCACCACCACCACUAGCACUACUUCACCAAUGUACUACCACCACCACCGCCACCAGUACCACCACCACCACCACCACCACCACUCCACCACUAGCACCACCACUCCUACCACCACCAGCACCACCACCACCAAUAUCACCACCACCACCUACCACCACUACUACCACUACCACCACCACCACCAGCACCACUUCCACUAAUAUUACUACUACCACCACUCGCCACCAGCACUACCACCACUACCACCACCACCACUACUACUUCCACUACCAGCACCACUACUCCCUACUACUACCAGUACUACUACUACUAAUAUUAAUACUACUACUACUACUACUACUACUACUACUACUACUACUACUUACUUAUACUGCUGCUGCUGCUCCUCCCACUACUACUACUACUACUACUACUACUAGUGCUAUUACUACUACUACUACUACUAGUACUCUAUCCACCUCUGUAGCUACUACUGCUACUAAGAUUUAAUGGUCAGUAUGGACGCAGAAAUUUUCUUGGUGUAAGCUAAUGGACAAAAAAAUAUACAACAGCAGCUUUAAACGAAAGCUUAGGUAAGCUAUACACAUACAUGUAUAGCAUGUGAUUUAGCUUAUGUACUGAAUCACUCGAACUGGCGACUAAGAAUUCUUCAUUCGUAGAACAAACCUCUGUGUUUUUUUCUUCAAGGUUAAUAACAGGCGGCCAUCGAAGUACGAAGCCUUUAUUGACGACAAGACUACGUGGAUAAGUGACAGGUUCUUCACUCAACAGCGUCUGGCAGGAAUCAACCCUAUGUCACUGAGACGAGUGACUCUCAAAGCUGGUAAAACUUCCUUUACGAAUGGUGUCGCUAGAAGAACAAUUACCAUCUUUCAAGUUACAGAAAAACAUUGAUAACUUUUUUUAGCCACUUUUCAACUUUGGAUCGUACUCGAUAGGUUUUUUCAAACGCUGGCUCUUUGCCGGCUCUUACACUUUCUUUCAGCAGUAAUGAUAUGGAAAGAACAAUGUAAAUAACUGUCAUCCAUCUUCUAGUGAUUAUGGGAAGAAAACUGAUAUUGAUUAUGAUUAUAUGGAUGAAAGUGAUGGUAAUGAUGAUGAUGAUGAUGAUGAUAAAGGGUAAUCAUUAUGAUGAUAAUAGUCAUAUUGAAUAUAAUGAUAAUAAUGACGAUGAUGAUGAUGAUGAUGAUGAUGAUGACGGUGGUGAUGAUGAUGAUGAUGAUAACAAUAAUAACAAGACAGGAACGAAUACAAAUAAAAAUAAGUGUGCACAUGUCCUACAUUGUUUUCUUUCAAUCAUUCCUUUAUCCUCGUCCAGGUUCAGUAGGGUUGGAUUGGGACACACUCAAUAAAACACUGAAUCCAGAAUUUGACUGACGACCUACCCAGAGAAGAAGUGGACCUUACUGACAAUGAUCCCAAGAGGAAAAGUGGGGACAUUCUAAACAGUUUUGAUACUAUUCAUUUACUAAUUUGUCUAAUUAUUUAUAAAUUUUAAUCUCUCCCAUUGCUCUGUUUGCGUCUAAGCAAGAUUCCCCAGGACAAAAACCAAUGAUCUUGUCCCUGUAGCCAUCCAAAUGGACUACACUCCAGGUUCAGUGUAUUAAAGAUUUAGGAAGUUAAUAUUUACUAAACAUUACCUUUCCGCCAUAAUCUUGUUAGCCUUGUUUCGCCGUACUUCGGAAAUCGAAUAGUUUGGGCAAUGUGAUCAUUUUAUAUUUCCUUUUUUUAAACGACUAAACUGCUGGCCAAGUAGUCAUGGGAUUAUUUCUGAGUCAGGUAAAAAUCACUUUGAGGGAAAAAAGCAGGUCAAAAUAGCCUGAAAAGAACGAAAUUAUAGGAAAGAGGAACUCAGUCAACGAAAAAAAAAAUAUCUGCUGUCUGAUUUAAACUGUCUGUUAAGUUGGGAUGAAUCACAGUAUGAAGCAUAGGUACAUAGUAAUAAAUCUAGUACCGUUUUGCAAAUAGUAAAUGAAAUAACCAGUUGGCUGAGCUAACAUCUUUUCCUCAUCAGAUUCAUCCGUAUACACUCCUGAGGAUGAUGACAACUGGAUGUUGGCCAAAUUGAAUGUCCAGGUUACAGAUCUCGGAUAUGCACAAAUUGUGGAGCAUCUUGGCAAGGUAUGUCACAACUAGAAAUUUUUAUAGGCACUCCUGGGAAUUCCACGGGUGCCUUCGAUUUAAUGCAAAAAAUAGGAUCGGAAAAGGCAAUUGUUCGAUGAAAUCCGGCUGAAUUGUGGCGUAUUGCGAAAGAAAGAGCUCGAAGCUUUUGUUGAAACUUUUUAAUUUGCUGAGCUGAGUUUGAAAUGAUGAACAAUUUACGGCAGCAAAGGGAUUGCCCGAAAUGGCGACAAGGGCAAAACAACUGAACUGCUUCACCCAGAACAUCGGGAGAAUGCAAGAGCAAUCGUUAAACGGAUCACUAGAACAGUGAGCAUUGUAAAUGUUGAGGUUUGCUCCGCUGAGAUGACCGUAGAUCGCUUUUGUGGUGAACGAGCGUACGCUCCUCACGCAAGCUUUUCAAUACUCUUUUAUCGACAUCUUCACAAAAAUAAAGCUCGUUUUUUCAGAAACGCAGACAGCUCAUGUGUUGUUUCCUUUCGCUGAUUUUUACAUUUACAGUGUAAUUACUUCGUCUGUGAUGAAUGAAGCGCCAUUUAUUAAAGAGUUCAUUAGGUCGAGAGACACUUGUUUAUUUCGCUACUCGAGUGCUGUAUUUUCAUCGGCAGUUUGACGGAAACGUUUCUUUACUUGCAAUUUACUAGCAUUUUAAACACCACUGUGAUUAAUGAUUGUCUCCACGUAGUCCAUCUUUAUUUUAGACAAAUAGCUCGUUUUCUUUUCGUUGACUUUAGGUCAAAUUCUUCAAGAUAACGCCGAAGCAAAAAUUAGUAAAAUUUACUCGCCAAUUUUCAAUCACCGUGCUCUAUUUAACAAAUAGAUUCCAAGUUGCCGAGUGUCUGUUCAGUAAUAGAUCACAGAUAACGUCAAAAUGUGGUAAGAACAAAAAAGUGGCACACGAGGCGCAGCCGAGUGUGUCACUGAUGUUCUUACCACAUUUUGACAUCCUCUGUGAUCUAUUACUGAACAGACGCACAGCAACUUGGAAUCUAUUUGUUUUAUAUAAUAAAGAAUUUUAAAAAAAUUUUAAUGAUGACGUCAUCUAUUCGUCUGUCCUCCAAUAGAUCAUAAGUGAGAACCAAUCAGAAUUCGUGCAUAACUGAGCUUAUUAUAUAAACUCUCAUAGAGCACGCUAUUUCAACCAAUCAGACCGCGCGUUAUAUCGAAAAUUUCUUAUAGAUAUGUUUUAAAGUAGUUAUACCACACGACGUUUAACCAUAAUGCUUGUCUUACAAGGUUCAUUUUUUGAUGGAGCCAUUUUGCGUGGUAUUGAAACGCACCCUGUCGUCCUCUCAUCCACUUCAUCAAAUUUUAAAGUAUCACUGCAGGGACGUGACAGUCCCAAAUACCAUUGGUGCUCCAAAACUUGUUGGCGAAGGAGAGUUUAUGGAUCAGCUGUUUGCAUUUGGAAAUAAUGGAACCACCCGACUUCUUAGAGAAGCACAUAAAUUAAGCACAUGGGAUGUCACAGAUUUUAGAAACGAAAUAAAGGUAUGUGAUGCGUCGGUUUUCCCCCUUAACGUUUCAACCUAUAAAAAUUCAAAACAUUUCGGUCAACCAAAACACUUUUUCAGGCUUAAAAGACAUAUAAAUGUAUUCCUAUUGACCACAAUAUUCAGACUAUAUAUUCGCAUGAAGAAUAGACAGUCAACCCUUUUCUCCAACAAAAGAGCCUAAGCAGAAGAAAAAAUUGAACUCAUAUAUUUUCAUGCAGUCCUUUAAUAAACUUGUACCUAAUACUUCUUUUCUUUUCCCCUUUUUAUCAAGCCUUCUUCUGCCGCCCCUUUUUGUUCACAUUCGGUUACACACAUGUACGUUGGAGCCUUAAAUCAUACCAAAUGAAUACGACAUCUUCGAUCGAGUAUUUUACUCGAAAAGCGUUCACAGAUAAUGUACUACACGUCUCAAAUCAAAAUGCAAGUUGAAACGGUGAUCCAUAUAUAGUACUCCAGUCUCCAUUAUUUCUAAUGGCGUCUUUGACAUGAUGACCUUACCUGAAUUAUUGUUUAAAAGGAAGGAAAGAACUGCAGCGACAUAAAUAGAACAAAAAUGAAUUCUGUUUUAUUUAACUAUAACUCGAGCAUAGCAAGAAUAGUCUGUACGAAUAGGCCUACGAACCCGGUGCAUGCGCUUGCAAAGUAAUUUUAAAAGGAGCAAUUUUGUGGAAACACAUAGCUUGGAAAUUGAGUAUGUUGUGCUGUAAUACAUUUACAAUCAAGUGUGGACUUUUUCAUUUCUUUUGGAUGAAUAGAAACGCGGAGUCGAUGACAAGAAGCUUCUUCCGUACUAUCCUUACCGUGAUGAUGGAGAGCAAAUUUUGAAAAUUAUCGAAAAUAUGGUGAAGGGUUACGUCGACUUGUAAGUAUUACUUCACGGGAAAAUACUGGAAAAAAUUGUAGCUCUGAACUAACUCCUAGUUAUCAAGACCAACUCACUAAGAACACUAGUUAGUUAAAUAAUGUUAGCCCAUCUACCUUGGGUGUUGGGAUAACAGCAACAACACAGUUCCGCCGAAAAGGGCUAAACCUCGUGACACCAGCUUUCCUAAGCUCGCCAUGGCAGUUCACGUCGACUAUUUUAAAACUAUAUAUUUUACAUGCCUGUCGACGCAGCACUGCAGCGCCUUAAAAAGUUAGCUUUCUAAGGUAUUUUUAUACCGAGUAUGAUUCUUGCGUUAGAGUGAUGCUGUGUCCGAUGUCCAAUGUCCCCAAUGAGUAGUCAAACCUUAGACCUUCUGAUUUCUGGUCGAGUGCACAACCAGAGAGCAACAGAUAGCUCGUGGCAGGAUAUGCCUUUGUGUACUAGGUACAGGUUUAAAACACUAACUUUGGACUCUCCUUUAGAAGGUAAUGUUUGUAGUUGCAAAAGCAGCCAGGGCGUCGAUGAUGACUUCUAGUCUUGGCAUACAAUCAUUCCAUCUAUGUAUAUCCAAUUUAGUGGUGAUUUUUUCAAUUGUCUCCACAAAAAAGCACUAAUUGUAACUUAGAAAACACCUUGUAGGGAAUGUCAGUAAACGUUUUGCAUUGUACUGUUUUCUCAGGUAUUAUUACGGCAAUGAGGAUGUUAAAAAGGAUUAUGAGUUUGGAUCAUUCCUCCGUGAAUUGUCUAUUCAUUCAUUUCCGAUUUUUACGGCGGCUAUGGGAAAGUAAGUGUAAAAAAGUCUGAUUGUUAUAGUGGUUUGUUUUUGCUGUCUUUGGUUUUAUAUAUCUACAAUUCGUCUGCUUAAAUAUCUUGAUCUUCGACCAGUGAUGGAGGGAUAUAUGGCGUGCACUGUGUAACUUCGAGUACCUGCUGUUGUCAGCUUAGUUUUUGGCGUCUGAAUCAUCGAUUAUAGUAACGUUACCGUCUUAGGCCGACGGACGUCCAUUCCUCUCCCAAGGGUUUUCUUUAUAGAUAACAUUGUGUUACAUUUAACAUUUUUAAAUCAUUAAAACUUAAAUAGAUAGCCUGUGAUGAGGCACAACUGUAAACAUUCUGGGUUACGGCGAUGCUGGGGCGAGGCGUUAUCGAAGACGGUCGCCAUGUUGGAAUUUUCCGAAAAGAUACAGAUUCUAUUAAAGCAAAAGAAUUUGGCCCGAUGCGACCUUGUUUAACGAUUUGUUUCCUUUUAACACAUUUUCCAACUAACUUAGAAAACGAAAACAAAACACAAAACAAACAGACAAAACAAACUUAAUACUGGACAUCAAUCACUUAAACACUGAAAUCCGUUAUAAGUUCGCAAUGCUAUAUAAAAUGCUUUAUUCUGCGUUUUAACAGAUCAAAGGAUUACCCUCAAAGAUUGCGACUAAAGAUGAGCUCUGUGACAUUGUGACCCGCAUUAUCUCACAACUGAGCGUCCAACACGCUGCUGUAAACUAUCCCCUGACAGACUAUGGUCUGUACACUCCCAACCUACCAACCAAACUGUACAACGAUACCAGGGUGAAGGAAGGCGAAUACUCUGUACUACGUCUGCCAAACAGAAACACUUCCUCUGUAAGUUGUGCGACCAUAUUGAACACCUAUACGCUGGAUAUGGCAUGAUCACAGGUUUAAUCAUGUGAAUUUAGCUUGUGCCGUUUGAGAAAUUUUCAACUGAGUGUCGAAAGUAAUCCGAGAUUGCAUUGGUUUUGCUUUUACUGUGUGCUGUGAUUGGUCUAGAAAACUCGUGCCACCCUCUCAGCCAAUCAGAUGCAAAACUAAAAAAAAUCGCGACUUGGUCACUCGUACGUUUGAAUUUCGUGAGUCUGGACUAAAUCAUUAUUUAGUUUGAAUUUCGUGAGUCUGGACUAAAUCAUUAUUUAGUUUGAAUUUCGUGAGUCUGGACUAAAUCAUUAUUUAGCUCCUUCCUUGACCUCCCCCAACACAAUGUACUCAGGGGUAUAUUGGAAAUGCAUUGUACACAACGUUUUUCCAAACAGACAAAAUGAAUAAGGUGGAAGGGGAGAACGUGUCUGUUACAGUUUAUGAGCUCUCUACGGUAGUGUAAACAUCUGCUUCGAGGGGCAAUUUUCCUUCAGGGUAUUUUUGGCGUUUCUGUUUUCCUUAGACAUUCUGUUCAUACGUAGUGAUGUGACUCUGUCGGAAUGUACGCCAGUUAUGGCUGUGGCACGCCGAGCUGCCGUCAGUCAGUGGCUGAUUUAGAAAUUUACCCAAGGAACCAGAUAGGCAAACAGUGUUUAAACCUACACGCCCGUCAAUCAUGCAUUGGGAGUCAGCAAUUAACACCUAUCUCAGGCAGUCAGUAAACGCAAUCAACCUUUAUGCCAGUCGGUUAGUCAGGCAGGCACUCCGGUAGCAAAUAAUUUAUUGAAUUAGUGCGUUCGUACUCCACUGAUUUAAAAAGCCAUGAUACACUUGAUAGAAAGACGGUGAGUAGAACAUUGAUUAAGUUUGAACAUCAGAUAGUCAAAACUAAUUUUUUUUCUAUUUUCACUCCACAGAUCGAAGCCAGCUUUAGUAACGCGCUUUCGCUGUUCCGCUUUGACUCCUUGUUUGACUACGGCAACGAACUUCUUGAUCCUCAGGCCAUCAAACUCGUCAAUGGUUAUUACACUUACCUCAUGAAUGUUAUUCAGCCUCACAUGCAAGAAAAGAACCGAAAGAGGAAGGAAGAUAAUUAUUUGACCUAUCCGUACUUGAUUCCGAGAUGGCUGCCAAAUGGAGUUCAAACCUGAUCCACCACAUUCUCAAAAACGAACUGUCCUUACACUUUCUUUUUCACUUGACGUAGCUUUAGAAAGCACUACACAUGCAUUGUUUGUUACAUUGGUAAUUAGUUCAAGUUUUUAAAAUUGGGGAGCUUUCGUGCAUUUAACCGACCUCUGCCACACUCUAUGUGGCUUUACCUGCAUCAGUAAAAUUGUUUUAAGGAUUUGAUGGAGCCAGCUGUGAAAUUACACACACCAGCCGGCUUAUUACUUAAAAGUAGCUGUAUUUAGAUAUUCAUUGAUUUCUUAAAGUGUUAUAUGCGUGUUUUCUUUUUCAUACGACCAGCAGUGUGCAUGGGAAGUUAAUUUCUUUACUUCAUAUUUCAAUUGCACUGUUUGCAACUACUGUAGCAAAAGAGAUUAAACUUUUCUUUUUGCGAUGAAUUUGCUAUAGCCUUUGUUUUAUUAGCAGUUUACAUUUGUGGUGUCCCAACAACGAAGUCCGUCUAUUUUUGUUACUUCGUGAUAAGACUGGACUUGCUGAACAACGUAUACAUAACAACGUAUGUACAUCACUCUUUUUUUUUUUUUCACCAACAGUUUCCUAACUCCAAAGAGCGUUAUACAAGAGUGCUUAUCUCCUUUUCGCAGCAGCAAGGUGCAAAAUGUGAGUGUGCUGCUUGGGGGUGGGGGGGGGAAGGGAGGGAAAGAGUAGGGGACACCUGCCAUUUGUGGCUAUUCAAUUUCAGACAGGGCUCAAAUCAUUUUUAGUUAAGAAUACAAAACAGGAUUAAGUAGCAAUAGACUGCAAUGAAAAUAUCCUUGAAGAAAACCAAAUACAACAUUACAAGAAUCAGGAAUUUUGAAGAUAGCGGUUCUUUUGUUCUUUUGAUCAAUAGACUUACUUAUUGAAUGCGCUUAUUCUUAAAGGCACAUGCCACGCGCGCCGUGACCCAAAUUCCCUAUAACACGAAAUUCCCAGAUCACGGAAAACCUUCUAAAAUCAUCUUUCUCAAGAGCCAUCCUGGACAUAUAGUCAACUGUUUUACGGUAAAUACAUUCGCUGUUCGUCAUUUUGCAGUUUCCUUAGAGUAUUUUGAAUUUUGUCCGGAAGAAUCCGAAGAAAAUUUUGAAGAAGAAAAGGGUCAUGCUUGAACUCUUUGUACUCUGUGAACAGAGUCGGCGAAAAGGGUUCAAAUUUUUCACUUUCUAGAAGCGCUUGAGGAUUCUAAAUGGCGAUAAAAUAUUUCCGAUAGAAAUUGUCAUUUUUCAAAGAGAAAUAUUGAGAAAUAUCAGUCUGCUGGACGUUUAGUUAUUCGAAGACCGUGUCCGGUGAAAAUUCUCUUGGUGUCACGCGUACAAGGUCAGCGAAACGGACGACGUUAGAGUUUUUUCACUUUCUAGAAGCGCUUGAGGAUUGUAAAUGAAGGUAGAAUAUUUUCCAACGAAAGAUUGGUAUAUUUCAGAGAGAAACAUGGGGUUAUUUGUGGACCGUGUCCUGCCGUGUUAUUGAAAAAGUGUUAAGUGUCAAGCGUUUGAUGGCUUCGUACCCUGUAAACAGGGUUAGCGAAAAACAUCAAGUUCGAAAUUUUAGGCUGCCUGGAAGCGCUUGAGGAUUUUAAAUAAAGGUAGAAUAUUUUCUUAUUAAUAUUUUUUGGAUUUCGAAGAGAAAUAUGGCAGGAAUGUCAGCGACACUGACAGUUUGCGUUACGAUUCUUAUUUGCUGCUUUGCAUGCACAACAACCUCGACCACUCUUUCGAGCGCAAGCUCCUCUCCACAGGCAGAAACCUGCAACUGACUCUUGGUCCUAUUUAAUAAGGAUAGCAAACUUCAAUUAAAAAAAAAAAAUUGAUGAAUGGAUGAAAACGUGGUGGAUCAACAUUUUCACCCUCUUCGAAAUACUCGCAAGGAUUUUCGUGUUCCUCUUUAGCAACAACCAAUCCAUAAGCGUUUACUGCCUCGGAAUCUACAAAAUCAAUGGAUUCAUCUGAUUCCAUGCCGGAUUGAAACGUAUAGAAUUGUUUUAACCAGAAUUACUUUGACAAGCUCUUCAAAUUCAUCGGCGAAAACGCUCGAGGUAUUUUUUGAGACAACGUAACAAGGUAAAAAUAACUGACCAAUCAGAGACGCUAUUUAAACAAAAGGGGUGGUUCUAAACAAAAACAAACGAUUGCGUUGCAUCAAGGUUGGAAAUGGGCUAGAACUUACGUGAUCUAAGAGCAAUGACGAACACUCUCACCUGGAUAAUACAUCUAUACUCCAGUAAUAUAAUAUGGAUUUGUCGUAUUUCAAUAAUCGUUGGUCAGGAUUUAUAUAAGCAUUAUCAUUUCAAUGGUAGCCUCAUUUCACGUAGCGCGCGCAGCAGCCGAACUUAUCCUUCACAGAGAUAAGGCCACUGUCCUGGGGGAUCUUUUUCCAGAGAAAAAAAGGUGUAUUUGCAACCCUGUUCCAGACAAAAAUUGUGAAAAUAGGUACCCAAUUCCAGACAGUUAUCCACUCAUGGACAAUCAGUUUCUUAGACAAUCACUUUCUUCUUUUAUACCGUUUAUGAUUUGUGAUUAAUCAGAAUUCUGGGAAAAGGCGACCCUGUUCCAGAGUCAAAUCUAAAACAAAAGAUACCCUCUUCCAGAGAAAAAGGGUGAUUUCUAUACCCUGUUUCAGAGACAGAGAGGCAAAAAGCAUAUCCUGUUGAGCGGUACAUAUCCGUCAAGCCCAUAUAUGGCUCCCCGGGCUCCUGUCCCAACCAACCCGGUGUUAAAGGAGAACUGAAACCCAAAAUCAAGUAAUUUUUUUCAACAUAGUUUGUUCAAUUAUGCACUAAAACGAUGUUACGUCCUUCUUUUCCGCUUAAAGGAAAUCUUCCAUGCAAAAACGAAAAGUUUGUCGUUAUAUUUGGUUCGAUGUGCUGUCGUGGUACGGCGACUCAGAACACACAUGUCAGCGGUUCCUCUCAAAGUUGAUGACGUAAGUUAUGGGGAAGACAGUGAUCCAAGCGUAAACAUGGCAGGAGAGGCGAUGUGGCGUUAUGAGCGGGCUUUGAAACGACAGGACUCGACAAUGCGAGGAAAGAAAUUGAUCGGAGUGCUUCUGCUAUCCAAAACUUAGUAAUCAAAACAUUUGAGGAUUGUGUAAGUGCAAUAUCGCAUCGCUGGCGUAACUCGAUAAUGUCGCUGAAACGCAAUAAACCAUCGAAUGUGCAACAAGUUUUGUAAUGUAAUUUAAGCAGUAAAUGUUUUCGUGGUAGUGUCUUGACGAACAUUUUGUGUAGAGUGUGUUAAAUACAAUUGGUUGAACCUUUCAUUAUAUUCUCCAGGUUCUAUUUCGUUGUUAAGAAUCGCUUUGCGAUGUGUUUGUAGACAGAUGGCCAUGUGGCACUCAAAAGUUGAUCAAUUAAAAUCAAGAUCUGGGUCCUUGAACUUAACAACCUCAAUCUUAUUUUAAGAAUGCCAGGCGUUGAACUGAAAAUUGUUUUCAGUGUCUGAGUAUUGUUUUAAGAUUUGUUGAAAUCGCCAAGCAUUUUAAUUAUGGAUGCUUCAAUUCAUUCUUAUUUUAAGAGAUUUGGUUAUUGAUUUAAAGAUUAGAAUUCAAUUUAAACUCAGACCGGCCCUAUUGCUUUCCUGGUCGAAUAGUGAGGUUUUGACAAAAAUUAUUUGCCGAGGUCUUAAAAAUACUAAUCAUCAAAAUUAAUUGCAUCAGACAGAGUGAACUCCUAGCCACUUAUAGCCACUUAUAAAUUAUUUUUUUUUUGACCAUCUAUUGAACGGUUAAAUACAUUGCAAAAACAAAGGCUGUUCCCACAUUGUCACUAUGAAUGACACUAAAACAACUAAAACUUUGUGUCAAAAUCCUGUUAUUAAUUUCAAAUUAUAUUACUAUCAAAUAUGAUUUGACUCAGAACUUGUGCUGAAAAUAUUGUAACUAAACUGAAACAGUAUUAUAAACCAAGUCACCACAGAAAGGGACUCCUCUCAAAUAAAAGUGAACUACCAAGGGUGAAAUCUAAAAUGACCAAAUGCACUGUUAUUGUUAUCCUAGCCUGGAACCUUUCAAGAUUUGAAAUUGUAAUUGAAAUGACAGAAACUACUUUUUAGAGAAUACCUCUGAUGCAAUAUAGGGUGGAAAUGAAUUCAAGUGACACACUGAAAAUGAGAUUCUAUCCUGUACGUUCUAGGCUCCUUUCAAACUGUUAAGCCCCUGUGUCAUCAAUUUUAUAUGAGAGCAGCUCCUACGAGGAAAAUUAAAUGUCAUAUGUGAACACUCUAACUCCAAGUUAACACACAAACUAUACUUUCAUGAUUGUAGAAAAUUAUGUAUCAAUAAUUAAUAUUCAAUGAACCACUUAAACUGUUUCUUUACUUAGCAAACCAUGUGAAUAACAGCCAAAGUUAUAUUUAACCAUCAGCAAAAAUGAUCACAAUAUAUGUGACCUUUAGAACCAAACAAAAGGAUUUUCCUUUAAAAAUUACAUAUGUAUUUACCCUAAAGUUAUAGGGUGGCACACAAAUAGCAUCUCAAGGUUGUUUUGCCUGACAAUUUCAAAUCCCUGAGGAAGAUCUGCUUCCUUGAUCUCGAAAGCAUUCGGAUCCUCAUUAGAAUUUAAAGUCGUAACCACAUGGAGGGCAAAAGUAAAUGCCAUGAUUGGCAAUAAACCAAAUGUUGAUAAUCUUACCAAACUCUGGCAAGCCACCCGACUCCCAAAAUUCAGAAAAGCAUCUUUAUCAGGCUUGUAUUAAGUGCCGUAGACAUGUACCGAAUCUAAGGAAUAAACUGUAAUACCAUCAUGACUCCCCAAUUCAUAAAACCGUUCUAUGUUUGAUCAUGCAGUCUCUCGGUCAUCACCAAAUAGUUCCUUACUUACUCCAAAUUUAAUAUCUUCCCAAAAGAGGGGACCUUUAUCUUAUUUGUUAAGCCUAACAUAAUCAGCUUGGACAGAAGACCGAUACCUCCUUGACAAUGAAGAUGGUAGUUGUUUAAAGUUCUUUGUAAUCCUUGCUUGAUCCUUGAAAUAAGCAUGCUUAGCCUCAAAGCGCAAACACCAUGAACGGAUUAAAGGACCAAAUUUCAAAGUUAGAGAAGGCAAUUGAACAAGAUAGAGUUGUUUUGGUGUAAUGUCUAUGUCUUUAUGCACAGUCUUGAAGAGGGUCAAGUGGUCUUUGAUAGCUUUUUUCAAGUAUACAGUAGCAGCUAUGGAGAUCUUAUGGGCAAAACAAAGAGACAAUUUCAAUGAUGGAAAUAAAACAUUUCUAUCUGUCAGUGUCAAUGUCUACGAAUUCAGCGAGAAUAAAAGGCAACACACUACAAAGAAGCCACAUCUGAGUGGCACUUUGUCCCGUAUUUGUAGAAGGCCCUUGUUGUAAAUCCUUAUCCAAAAUAACUGCUGGCUUAAUUUUGCUAUUGGAGAACCCAUAUGGAAAUCCUUGUAUUCUGGAAUUCAAAUCUAUCAACUUAAAUACUUUAAUUUCAUUUAUACAGUAGUUUAGGAGAAGCCUUAUCUCACAUAAAAUCCCUUCAAGAAAGACAUGCAUGAUAUCUUGAACAAGUUGUUCACAAGGAUCAAAGUAUGGUGAUUCAAGCAGCACAGUUCUACUAUUAAUUCCAUAAUGUUUAGAAUAAAAAUCUCCCAGACAUUAAGAAGCAGCACCUUCCAGUUUUAGCAAAUGUUGUUUGUGCUCAUCGAUGUUACGUUGAUGAAAAUCUUCUUCAGUAAAAUAACAUUGCUAUAGACGACGCACACCAGCAAUAGGUUUUCACUUCGAUUUAAUGUCUCACCAUAGUUACGUAAUUGCCAAUGUGGUUUCUAAAUAGAUGAAUAAAAUAAAAUUACUCGGAGAAAUCGAACACAAGGAAGCAUAAACUAAUAAGCAAACACAACUAGAAUAAAGAACGUACCAGACGUGACGGGAUAAGGGCCGUAGAAGCGAAACUUGACUACGAAACUUGACUACGAAACUUGACUGACAACGGACAACUGAUAACUAACUUGAAUAAUGUGACUCGCAGACUGAAUAAUAAAUUAGCAUGCAGAGCGCGAAAUAACUAAUGUUAACGAGGCGGCCUGGGUCUAGGGAUGGUUUUUACAAUUGCAUAUCUUCAAAAGUGACCAUGCAGUGGCGGUAUUUUCGUUUUGCUCCACUUACACCUUCUUUAAGACCAGCAGCCUUAUUUCUUUCUAGUGUGUCAGCCAAAAAUGUAAGAAUCCCUCCUCUAAGAUUAAUUAGGCCACAGGUUUCUCCUGUUCUACUGUUAUCUUACUCUUUAAUAACAACUUGCAAACCUGCUACCGCGACGGCAAGACCUUGAAAUUUUUCUUUUGUACAGAAUUUUUCCCUUUAUGUGAUAAAGAAGUAAUCGUGGAAAAGGUUGUGGUUAUUCAUCGUGGUGAAUAACAAUAAAAGCUAAGUUUUUUUUUUGUCUCACGAUGUAGUCACGUGUGAUGUAGAUCGCGACGUUUCGGCUGCAUAAUGCUAGUCUUCUUGAGGCGAUGAGGUCGCCUGAUCUUAUAAAGCAUGAUGCUCUGCUGUGAUUAGUUGUUAUUCAACAGCUCUGAUAGGUGCAUCUCGAUCCUUGCUGUUCAGCACUUGUCAGAAAAUACCUCAACCCUUUGACUUCUAAGAGUGACUAGCAUCUAAUUUCUCCUCACAAUAUCACCCCUGAAUCUAACAUUAAGGUCACGAGAAUGAGUAAAAUGAUCACCAACUAAAGAAGCUCUACAUUGCUAACCAAAUUCUCCUUGUCAGCUCCUUAGGAAAUGUUUAGAGAACAGUAUGGAGAAUAUACAUAGUGAUGUUAGGGUGUAAAGGGUUUAUUAAGGUUUCGAACUGCAGAAUUUCUGGACCAGAAAUCAAUCAUCUGAACCAAGGAGAAAUUUAUACAACAACAUGGCUUGCCCCAAAUGUCAGUAAGACAACUUGAACUGCUUGACUUGCUGUAAAAGUCGGACAGACUGUGAACAGGAAAAUAUCAGUUGUCCAAUUCUACUUCAGAACUUUUUCCAGCGAUGAACAUUGUUUUACUUGUCUGGGAAUAUAAAAAUUGGAAACAAAUUUCUUUUUAACCUUAGCAUAAGGAAAGCGCUAUUAAACAAAGCAAAUGUGAGUAUUUCCAAAGUCACUUUUAACCUCUUUCUCUAUUGGAAGGUGUGAUACGAAUCACUCAGAACUUCUUCUAUAGUCAUGAAAGGUUGCAGAAAUGUUAACGUGAGGUUUUUUGACUGAUUGAAAAUUUCAAAAUGUGGUUAAUUUUAGAAGCCAAUAUUCUCUUGGGGAAUUCCUCAUCAGGCAGGUACGAUAACAGGAUAAUAGUAACCAAUGUGAAUAAGUUGCUUUCCACCUGUUAAUAAGGUCGGAUAGCACUUGCAUUGUUCUCAAAUGCAAGAGCUGCACUAACAUACAGACAAGAAUCGCCAGCAAAGAAACAUUUUCGGAGAAAACAGAGGGAAAUAAUUUUAUUUGUGCUUAGUUGUAGAGUAUUUCGUUUACAGAUAGGGCUAUGUAAAGAAAAAAAAAGGAAAUUAAAAACUGUCGGUGUCUCGAUGAAACCCAGAAAUUAUGUCAAAAAACUGAACGAGUUUAUUUCUGGCAACAAGAGGCUUAAUUGCUGUGGUAAGAGAGUAAAAUAGGAUGGGGGAGAUAUUAGCUUAGUCAGGAGAGUUUUUUUUACUAAGGUUUAUUAAAGAUUCAUUCUUUAAAAUUUUUUAAAGAUUAUUUCUUUAAGUUUUAAAAUUCAUUAUUUUUUCUUACUAUACGUUUACUAAAGAUUCAUUCUUUAAUUUUAUUUUAUUUUCAUUUCUAUCUACGUCUGCUGUCGUCGCCAAACCUAAAAUAUUUUUGCGAGAAACGUUAAAACGUGAAGAAAGAGUUGAAAUUCGUUUCAUAAGUGUUGGAAAACCUCUGAAAAUACUCAAAUCCCCGCAUAUUCUGAAAAAGAGCUCGUUGAUUGAUAAACUAAGCAUCGUAUUACUCCCUCAAAGCGACUAUACUCGAAACUAUGAAUUCAGUUUUCCAAACUUCGCUGCGGUGGUUUUCGCUUCUGUUAUAAACUCAUGGUUGAUUAUUAACCAAGUUUUUCCUUUUGCUCGACGAUGCAGCAGCGGAAACAAAUUUUUAGAAAAUGGCAAGCUCCUCUCUUUCGCCAAGUUUACAUGCAAGCACUCCUCAGCGUCUUACAAGUAUCGCAGAGAUCAUUUGGGUGAAGAUAGAAUGAAACGGUCGUGUUAGAAAUCUGACUCAAGUGUGAAACAUAUCCUGAUUCCCCGCGAAGAUUCCAGGCUCAGACACUUAAUGCAGUUCAUGAAAGGCUCGGACUACACUUUUUUAUAUUUCAUUAAUAUUUUUGUUUAAUAAUGCAGUUUAAAAAUUGUCCGUAUUCCGUAUGGUAAAUGAAGCAUACCAUUUCCACCCAAGGACACCAGGAUUUUCACAUUCCAUUCACUGUCUACAUUACGCUGUUUACAUUUGUUUUCUCACUCGGUAGUCAACUUUCUAUUUCAGUCUUUGCCUGCACCGAUAACUUGAAAGUUCUUAAUGAAUGUGUUCAAAAGGCAAUAUCUUGAUGUCCCCACUUUGCAACUUGAAAAGUUUAGUAACUGCGGCCGUUAUAAUUGAGUGAGUAUCAGAAAUCAGUGGAACGAAUUUUUGCCGGAUGGAUCGCACAAAUCAAGCUAAUGGUAAAAAAUAACAAAUAUCGAAUGACAAAAUACGUUUUAGCAUUGAACAAACACCCCUUUUCCUCAAAUUUAAGGUCCGUUUUGGCAAAUACAUCUAACUUUUCUGAGCUUGCAAUUCUUAAAAAUAAACAAAUGAAAAUAAAGUCAAAUAACAAACAUAGAAGCAUGCAUGUUGAUCGUGAACUCACGAAAAACCAGUCUAUAGACUAAAAAGAAGGUUAGCGAAAGUUUUAGCACCAGAAUAUUUUUUGCCUUUUUCUUUUCAGUGAACGUUUUUUUCCAAAACAUGCAUCGAGAGAAAACGGCCUUAAAGGUCUUGUACGCAGCAGGGUUGUUGAUCAAAAGUGUGCUGUUAUGCUGUACAGCUGCAUAGCAAUUGGCGGCUACGGGCCAGCCGGAAGUUUCCAAAUUUGGUAUGAUGCUACAACACCACAUCAUGAAGAGAAUCACAGGGGCUGGUCUUUCAGAUGUGAGCUUGCGGGGAUGCUAUGCUGACUUCAGAUGAAGACGAGACAUUUGUGAGCUGAACAACCGAACCCAGGAGGCCAAACCAGAGUAUUGUGUUCCGAACCCUGAGAGAUUUUACUUUAAGCGAGAUUACAAAAGAGGUUUUUACACUUUGAACUGUCUUAUUCGCUUUAAAGACAUUUUCAGAGCACAAAAACUCAACCCAAAAUUAAGGAAUUGUCUCACAUCACCAAACUUCUUGCCCUAAGUCAAGUCGCCCUCAAUAUGAGCGUCCUCGCCCCCAAGAGGAACAUCAAGUCUUGCUUACUUGGAGUGCUAUGCUAAUGUUGCUUUUUUUUCUUCCAAUCCCUCUCGGUUCCAUUCCUGAGCUGCCUGCGGAGACCUGCCAGGAAAUCAAAAUGAGCGAAGGAGGACAAGUGGUCAGCGGCAAAUACUGGUUUCAUUCGAUUGUACCCUAGAGGACCGCUAUGGCUCCUUGUGACAUGAAAACCGAAGGUGAAUUCAAGUGUUUAUCAAUUCACAUCUUCUACCGACCAAAAACGGUUUACUACUAACAAAAGCGUUGACAGAGAUUUUAUGGGUAGAUUGCAACCCCCAGCCCCCCUCCUUCUCUUCUUCAAAAAAAAUCAAUUUACUCGUAGGGGGAAAUGAAAAAAUAAAGCAAAACAAAAUAAAAUAAAAAUAGUAAGAUAUCUGACGGAAACAAAGCUAUGGAAGAAUGCAAUCAUCUCUCUUAAACCGAUCGAUUUGAGAACAGGUAAAAUAGAAUUGAAAAAUCUCUUUUUUGACCCAGAGAUAAUCAUUCAAUAAUAAUAAUUAUGGUGACGAAAUUUCACGAAUAGGGGAGGGGAAAUUUUGCUUCCUGAAGGAGCGGCAGAGUAAAUUUUGGCUUCCGCCGGAAGAUAUGUGAGAAGCAUUUGGUCUGAUGAAUCCACGAACGAGUCCUAAUUCAGCAAAUACCCUCCUUUUGCUUUUCAACCGAUCGCAAACUAUGUUGUUUUUUUAAGACUUGGACGAAUGUAUUUCAACAAUUCCCGUGUGUGACGUCAACGCAGAGUGCGUGAACACCAUCGGUUCUCACAUUUGCUCGUGCAAAGCGGGUUUUACUGGAAACGGAAAAAAGUGUAUCGGUAAGUUAUUGAAAUGACUUUCAUUAUUGCCUCAAGUAAUUCAUUUUAAACAAAGCAAAACCAGAACAAUCCCGGCUUAACCUGGACACUCGGUAAAAAAUUGCUUUAUGACCGAUUAGAAUUGUCCCCCAAGCAAUGUCAUGUUCAAUUGCUUAUAAGGCGAGACACUUUCGCCAAUAACCGUCAUUUUCGAUGGACUCUUGCUCUUGAGUUCAAACCAUUUAUUUUUUAAUGCAUUCUUUCAGAUGUCGACGAAUGUGCCAAUAAAUCGCAUGACUAUGACGUCAAUGCCUACUGCAACAAUACCGUUGGUUCCUAUCGAUGUAGCUUCAAUUCCUGGUACCAAGGAAACGGAACAAGCUGCUAUUUUGGUGAGUUUAACUAACAUUGAGACACGAGCGAUCUCAGUUUGUUAUGAUACUCGCAUUUCGCAUUCUCUAUCUUUUUUUAUCAUAUAAAGCUUACAAUUUUGUUAAUAUAUUUUUUUAACAUGAGUCAGUCCUGAAUCGAGAUCAAGAUGGAAAUCGUCCUAACAACAGGCUACAUUAUGACUCUUUACUCACUAGCAUCAGUACAGAUAUUCUCCUCACUGUUCUCUAUAGAUACCGUGUGGUACUGUUUGACAAUCAAGAGCUUUAUAACUUGGUGAUUAUUUCCUUUAUUCCCAUGAUUCUGAUGUUUGGUUCAGCGGUAAUACGGUGAGGAGAAAUUAAAUGCCAAACCCUCUUAGGGGUUAAAGGGUUGAACUGAUACGUCUCACUUGGCGCCUAACUGACCACCCCCCCUUAAAAGAGAAACAGUAUCAUUGAUCUUUAAAGUCUGUUGCUCACAACUAUGUCGAACUUUCUAUCUUGAUCAGCCUUAAAUCUUCUUUUUGCAUUAUUAUCAUGUUUUUAUCUCGUGGUUUCCUCUAAUUCUAAGAAAACAUUGAUUGGUGCAAAUAACGAGUCGGGAACACGAGUAUUCGGAUGAAUAGUGUAAAUUUUUCACUGGAAGUUAUUCUUUUUCUCCAUCUGACAUUGAAGUUUUCUUCGAAAUAACAAACUAAACACAAAAAACUCUGCUGUCUAAGUGAAUAUCAAAUAAGUAUCGUAUUAAUAGAGUUAAUAGAGUUAGUGCCUCCUCACACAAGGCCCGGUCAACAGAACUUGCUCUGUAUUCUCUCAGAGCUUAGUCGCUUAUCUAGCAUUUAAAAAAGUGUUGUGAUUGGUGGAAAAUCCAUGGUUAAUUGUACCAAUAAUAACAUAAUUUUGUCUCCCGGCGACCAAACCGCUGACCAAGGAGCUCGAGAACUCUGGGAACGAGACUGCCACCUACAUUACCCGGCCCAUGCAAUCUAAACUCCCUUUUCCCCUUACCCCUACUUCCCAUAAGGAAAAAAAAGCAGAAUGAUAGACUUGAGUUGCAUAGUGUUGGGUAUUAACAUUUUUCUUACUCCUUUUUCAUUUCGACAAAGUAAAAGAAGUGAGAUGAAAGAUAACAAUUGUCCUAGAUAUCACACAGUGCCGCAUUAUUGUCUUACAGCGCCUUUAAGUGGUGAACUGGUAACAAAGACAAUAAUGUCAUCCCAGUAUUAUAAACGACGCGGACGGUGAUUCAUUGAUGGCUGUAAAAAUGGUGAAUUUCAGUUAUGAGGCACUCCCUUUUUCUUUUUUUUUUUUUGCAUUAUGUGAAACAAACAGUAAACGAACGCAUGGUGGUCACAGUUUAAGCCUUUGAGUUCUUUGCAUCGGUACGCUUCCCAUGAAAUUUUAAUUGACUUUCUUAGAUGAAAGAAAUGACGCCAGUCGCAGGAACUACAUUUUUACUUCAGUUCUUUGUCUGAAAAAUUUCCACUUGGCUACUCUUUGACAAAGCGCUGUCUUGGGUGCUUUCAAAAUGUCAAAAUGUCCUCGCCAUGUCCAAAAAUAAAUCGAAAAUGUUUUGGAUGAAAUGCAAUUUACGGAAAUGAGUUUGGCGAUUUUUCUUCUGUAUUUGGCAGUAUUUGACAUGCAGAUUACGUCUGCUCAUAUAUGAAAAAGGCUGGAAAACAAAUGUGCGUGACUCUAAUAUCAACCCAGGCGUCUACUUAAUUCAUGCCUAUUGUUCCACGCUACAACACAUAAAACCAACGCCUAUUUCAUGGCAUGUCGGAUCUUAAGGAUUUUAUAUUUUCACGCACGGCAACUUGUUAAGUAUAAGCUGUGGGCGUCGUGUCGUUGUGUGAUCUCCCAUCCGUGACAAGGCUGCAAUGUACUUUUUCAUUUAUUUCAUGCCAUGUCGGAUCUUGAUGAAAAUUAAUGUCUAAUGACAAUAGUUUAUUGAAGUGUCACCUUAGGCAAAUAAUACAGUCAGUUAAUGGCUGUUUUAAACCAGUAAUAUUCAUAAAAACCAACGCUUAUUUCAUGGCAUGUCGGAUCUUACUGAUUUUACACUUUCACUUCGCUGCACAGCAAGUCUGGCGGCACCCAAUGAAAAAUCUGAAAUAAAACAUUUGAAAAAAAAAGGAAAAAAAUGGUAUCCACCUUCCUUCAUGGUAUAGUUGCUGGGGUUAAACUAAGAGGCAGUCACUCAGUUGAUGAUUAACUUUCUUAGAUGAAAGAAAUAACGCCAGUCGCAGGAAGUACAAAUUUUAGUUCAAUUCUUUGUCUGAAAAAUUUCUACUUCGCUACUCUUUGACAAAGCGCUGUCUUGGGUGCUUUCAAAUGUCAAAGUGUCCUUGCAAGUCCAAAAAUAAAUCGGGAAAAAUGUUUCGGGUGAAAUGCAAUUUACAGAAAUGAGUUUGGUGAUUAUUCUUCUGUAUUUGGCAGUAUUUGAUAGGUAGAUUACGUCUGCUAUAUGAAUAAGGCUGGAAUACAAAUGAACGUGACUCUCAUAUCAACCCAGGCGUCUACUUAAUUCAUACCUACGCUACAUAAAGAGAAAAAAAAGCAAAUGAAAAAAACAAAACAAAACAAAACAAACUAUACUUUUAUAUUUUCACUUCGCUGCACAGCAAGUCUGGUAGCGUGCAGUGAAAAAUCUGGAAUGAUACAUUUGAAAACAAAAAACUGGUACCACCUUCCUUCAUGGUAUACUUAUUGGGGCUAAACUAAGGGGUAGUCACGUAGUUAAUAAACUUGUUGCUUAGAUCGAUCCAAGAAUUUCAAAUAGAUAUUUUUAAAUAUAAGCUGCGGGCGUCGUGUCGUUGCAUAAACUCCCAUCCGUGACACAUCAUAACAAGGCUGCGAUGUACUUUUUCAUUUAUUUCAUAGCAUGUCGGAUCUUGAUUAAAAUUAAUGUCUGAUGACAAUAGUUUAUUGAAGUGUCACCAUAGGCAAAUAAUAUAGUUAGUUAAUGGCUGUUUUAAAUCCGUAAUAUUCAUAAGAACCAACGCCUAUUUCAUGGCAUGUCGGAUCUUGAUAAUUUUAUAUUUUCACUUCGCUGCACAGCAAGUCUGGCGGUACCCAAUGAAAAAUUUUGAAUGAAACAUUUGGAAAAAAAAAGAAAAAAAUGGUAUCCACCUUCCUUCAUGGUGUAAUUGCUGGGGUUAAACUAUGAGGCAGUCACACAGUUGAUAAUUAACUUUCUUAGAUGAAAGAAAUAACGCCAGUCGUAGGAAGUACAUUUUUAGUUCAGUUCUUUGUCUGAAAAAUUUCCACUUCACUACUCUUUGACAAAGCGCUGUCUUGGGUGCUUUCAAAUAUCAAAGUGUCCUUGCAAGUCCAAAAAUAAAUCAGCAGAAAAAUGUUUCGGGUGAAAUGCAAUUUACAGAAAUAAGUUUGGUGAUUUUUCUUCUGUAUUUGGCAGUAUCUGACGUGUAGAUUACGUCUGUUCAUAUGAAAAAGGCUGGAAAACAAAUGUGCGUGACUCUUAUAUCAACCCGGGCGUCUACUUAAUUCAUACCUAUUAUUCCACGCUACAUAAAGAGAAAAAAAAGCAAAUGAAAGGAAACGAAACAAAAUAAACUAUUCUUUUCAAUUUUCACUUCGCUGCAUAGCAAGUCUUGUAGCACGCAAUAAAAAAUCUGGAAUGAUACAUUUGAAAACAAAAAACUGGUAUCACCUUCCUUCAUGGUAUACUUAUUGGGGCUAAAUUAAGGGGCAGUCAAGUAGUUAAUAAACUUGUUGCUUGGGUCGAUUCAAGAAUUUCAAAUCGAUAUUUUUAAGUAUAAGCUGUGGGCGUCGCGCCGUUUUAUGAUCUCCCAUCCGUGACACAUCAUGAGAAGACUACAAUGUACUUUUUCAUUUGUUGAUGGCAUGUCGGAUCUUGAUGAAAAUUAAUGCCUGAUGACAAUAGUUUAUUGAAGUGUCACCUUGGGCAAACAAUACAGUCAGUAACAGUCAUAAAAACCAACGCUACCAUUUACUUACCACAGUUGUUAUUCCACCUCUCCGGGUGUAAACAGCUUCUGGUCAGUUCAUAGCUCCGAUCGAAGGUGAGUGGGCCUGUCUAUUAACUUAUAGGAAUUGAUAUAUAAAGUAUUUUCAUUAAUGUGUGUGUUUUGUAAAUUGUAACUUUCGUGAAUCAUUUUUCCAGUUAUAACUAAAUCUACCUAAGUUUAUUUUGCCGUAAAUAGGUUGAUUCAUUCGAUGCGGUUGUAAAUAUGACUGGGUGUAGAAGAUGCUACAAUUCCACUAAACAUUUUGGCAGCUGAAGUCUAAAAUUUCUUGAUAACGUAUAUCUUACGGACAGCUAGUGAGACGCAUUUCUAAAAUUUCACAGGGCCUUAACAUUCGGAUUCUGCCAAACACAAAAAAUAGCGUAUGACAGCACACUCGGAAAAAUUGAAUUUGGGCUAUGUUGCACGUGAUGCAAUCAAAGUUUAAAACAAAAAUAUGUACAUUUUUUGUAAUGUCUUGUUUCCAUAAAUUCUUCGCGUUAAUUUUUCCACGCUUCAUCGCUUGGUUUGAAUCGAUCGAAGCUGACAGGUAGCAAUUUUAAUUUCAAUUUGAGUCAUUUAAAGGGCUUGUAGAACAGUUGUUUCAAUUGCUCUUUUUUCUUUUUCAAUCAUCUGUAUUUCUUUUCGUUUAAAUAGACAUAAGAGAAGUAAAUGGUUUAUGGUUAAAAAUUCACAAAGUAAGACGAGUCUUUUCACAAAAAAACUUUUCACUCCCUGUCACACCACCCUUGGUCGUAGACAUUCACAAAUGACGCCAUGCGUAAUAGGCUAUUUCCGAGUUGCCUUUUGCCUCCGUUUAAAAACGAGUCCAAGUACAAACCAUUCAAAUGAAAAUGAGUUUGAUUUACAUGAAAAUGGGCAUGGGAUCGAGUGAAACGUAUUAUCAUUUGAAUGGUGCACGUAGACUCGUCUUGAAACAGAGGCAAAAGGCUAACAAGGUGGCGCUCUUUGCCUUGCUAUUUUCCACUUCGCUACACACGAAUAAUAAGCCCCCCUGCCAAUUUAACUUGAUGUCGCCACCAGUCCAAUCUCAAUAAUUGCCACCUAGGAGCUAAACCAAAAUAUAAAGCUGUGAUUUACAAAGUGGGCCGAUAGUUCACUAUAUAUAGACAUACAGUUUGUAUUUGACCUAUGAAAUUUCUUUGCCUGAAAAAUAGGUUCACUGACUGCCAAGAAACAGCAGGCUUCAAGUCCUGAGACAACAAAGGCCACAUACAGACAGUGAGCAAUUUCGGUGUCAGUUAUGAACGCGAAUAUUUUGCUUGGUAUAGUAUUCAUAGUCGCCUGUUAUGGUGCAGUUUCGAGGUAAAUUUUCUUUCGUGUAAUUAAAAUAUUCCUUGUUAUGGUAGGGAGCUUCCAACUCUUCUAUUUAUAAAACCAGUACUAUUUUUUAAUCUUAUCAAUCUUAUCACUUUUUUUGUAAUUCUAUUAAAACUAGUUCUGAUAGAGCUAUUUGCAAAUAAAUAUCUUCAAAUUAGAAUAACUGCUUGCUUAAAACCACAGGCGCACGGAAUUCGAAUAUAAGGGGCGGAGACCUCAUUAAAUUAAGAUCUUAAGAAUAAGGACGCCGACAACAGCGAGCUCGAAAACAAAUUUGUAGAAGCCAUGGUUAAAAGGAAACUUAAAGCCCUAUUUCGGGGACGCAUUGCUCGAGGACAUCAAACCCACAUUUACUUGUUUGUAUUGUAACAGCUUUGUUUCUUGGUAGAACUUGCAUUGGAAUUACAGGAUUAACCUGCGACAAACGUUCCAGCUCGAGCAUGUGAAGAAAUUCUGCAUGUCUGAGCCCAUUUCCCACAUGUCUGAUCUCAACUGCCACGCAGAAUUUACAAGCAAAAUAGAAACCUUUGCGGUGAUUUGCACAGCAAAACGAUAAGUGGUAAAAUGAGAAGUUAACAAAUUGGCAGUCACGAAGCUCGGCACCUUUUCAGUAUUAUGCAUUGUUGAGAUUUUUCGUUUAUUUUAUUUAAUUUACUUCAUUUAUUUAUUAUUUUCAUUUCUUUCUGUUUCCCGCCUCGUACACCACAGCUCAAAUCUCAUCUUACAAUAAUUUUGGUAUUCUCAAUUUUUUUUUUUUUAAUAAGAACGUCUACUGUUGGAGCUGAGGCUGAACGUUUUUUUUUUGCGAUUUGAGGCUCAAAACUUUCUUAAGAUGUUCUUGAAUUUGCAUGGUAUACAGUAUUUCAUAAAUCAAUGUGGAUGUGAUCAGGAUACCUAUCAACUACCUUGAUAAUGCUUUGUAUCACUUGAUGACUUUAACGGUUUGGAUUUAAGUUAUUUUGGAACAGUUAUAAAUAAGAACUGCUGAUUAUUACAAACCGAGAGAUGUGCCUCGUGAAGUAAGAAAGCCACUGUUAAUGUUAUAAAAAACGUGCACUUAAGUAUUUCUGUGAACUUCCUUUUUCAGUUACCUUUAUUUUAUUCUUGUCAUUUAAUAUACAGAUGAGCAAAAUAUCGUUCUUAAUCGACCCUCAGCCUGAGGAAUGUUCUUAAAACGUUCUUAAAAGUUUGGUAAAUCUCAGCCUUUCCGCUUUAAUAAAAAAGGUUCUAAUAAAAAAGAGUAUAAUACAAGAUCUUUUUCAUUAAUUUUUUUCCUAGUUUGUCGUCUGGCCAGGACGAUAAGCGUCACGCAGUCAAGAGAGUACCGAUAAUGGACAUUUCAGAUGAAGACUUGGAAUGGAUUAAAAAAAAGGCUAAAUUGUAAGUAACACAUCAAGCCUGGCGAGGCACGACGAGAAUUAAAUAUAACUGAAAACAAGUUUUUAAGCACAUAUAAUUCUCAAUUAUAAAUCGGCACAACACCUAUUAACAUAAACAACCAGCGUAUACCAUACGUAUACAACAAUCUCGAUAACCUCAAUGGUGUGGAUUUAAGUUAUUUUGAAACAGUUAUAAAUAAGAACUGCUGAUUAUUACAAACCGAGAGAUGUGCGUCAUGAAGUAAGGAAACCACUGUUAAUGUUAUACAAAACGUGCCCUUUAGUAUUUCUGUGAGCUUUCUUUUUUUUGUUACCUUAAUUUUAUUCUUGUCAUUUAAUAUACAGAUGAGCAAAAUAACGUUCUUAAUCGACCCUCAGCCUGAGGAAUGUUCUCAAUACGUUCUUAAAAAUUGUGGUUAAUCUCAGCCUUUCUGUUUCAAUAAAAAAGGUUCUUAUAAAAAAGAGUAUAAUACAAGAUAUUUUUCUUUAAUUUUUUUCCUAGUUUGUCGUCUGGCCAAGACGAUAAGCCUCACGCAGUUAAGAAAGUACCGAUGAUGGACAUGUCAGAUAAAGACUUGGAAAGGAUUAAAAAAAUGGCUAAAUUGUAAGUAACACAUCAAGCCUGGCGAGGGACGACGUGAAUUUAGUAUAACUGAAAACAAGUUUUUAAACACAUAUAAUUCUCAAUUACAAAUCGGCACAACACCUAUUAACAUAAACAACCGGCGUAUACUAUAUGUAUACAACAAUCUUGAUGACUUUAACGGUGUGGAUUUAAGUUAUUUUGGAACAGUUAUAAAUAAGAACUGCUGAUUAUUACAAACCGAGAGAUGUGCGUCAUGAAGUAAGAAAACCACUGUUAAUGUUAUACAAAACGUGCCCUUAAGUAUUUCGGUGAGCUUCCUUUUUUUUUGUCACCUUUAUUUUAUGCUUGUCAUUUAAUAUAAAAAAGAUUAUAAUAACAUAAAAAAGAGUAUAAUACAAGAUAUUUUUCUUUAAUUUUUUUCCUAGUUUGUCGUCUGGCCAAGACGAUAAGCCUCACGCAGUUAAGAAAGUACCGAAGAUGGACAUAUCAGUUAAAGACUUGGAAUGGAUUCAAAAAAUGGCUAAAUUGUAAGUAACAUAUCAAGCCUGGCGAGGGACGACGUGAAUUUAGUAUGACUGAAAACAAGUUUUUAAAUACAUAUAAUUCUCAAUUACAAAUCGGCACAACACGUAUAAACAUAAACAACCAGCGUAUACUAGAGAAGAAAAUAUAAAUAUAUUUGAAUCAUCACAAACAAAAGUGGGCGCAAAACCAAACAUAGCGAAAGAAAAAUAAACAAAAACAAAAUAAGCAAACGAAAAUUUUUAGCGUUAGACUCAUAAGUUAUAGCCGUAUUCCAUACAUCACUGUAUGUAAAGAAAGAAUUAGUUAAUACGUCUAAUUUUACUAUGGGCAUGUCAUGGUUUUCGUUACAAAGGCAUGCCCAUUUUGUUUAGAAGGCGCAUAUGGCACGGACUUCGUGUUCGUGUAAUUAUGCGAUAAUCAAAGCAUUUGUUUAGGAAAAUGAUUCCACACAAAAAUUCAAAGAUUGCAGACGUUCUCCAGUCCUCCAAACUCUAAUACGGGAGUACAUAAGCGACAGAACACAAAUUCACGACGUGAACACUUGGCUUGAAAAAGUAGAAAAUAUUCUCAUCACAACCGCUAAACAAUGUUCAAAAAUUAAAUUGACUUAAAAUAAAAGCGUUUCGAGUAUAAAAAUGGUUUGUUAGGGAAUGUAGCUUUGGAAGACACGAAUUAAGAACCAAAAACACAGAGAUCCCUUGGAUCUCAUUUUACGUGAGGAGUACCACGCCGUUCUAACACAAUACAAAACAUUGCUCCACUCUAAAAAGAACGAAUAGUACAAUGCCAAAAUUCUUCAGUUGGAAGAUUCUGCAAAAAAUACAGAUAUGACAAAAUUUUGGAAAUGUCUUGAGUCAAUGGAUGACACCAUGAAAGCAAAACAUGCUCCUUUAGUCUCGGAAGAAAAUUGGCUGUCGUAUUUCCAGUCCGUUCAUUCCGAUGCACCGCCUAAUCCCGCUCAACAGUUCAUUUGUGAUGAAUUACGGGAACAAGAAGAUCGUAAAAAAGCAGUCUCGUCGUUUAGAUUACUUGAUUACCGAAAAUGAAAUACGCACAGCUGUUAAAAAAUUGAAGAAUAUAAAAUCUCCCUUUUUAGAUAAAAUUAAAAAUAAAAUGAUUAACGCCAGUCUUAAUGAUAUGUUGCCCGUAUAUUACAAACUUGUUAAUGCAAUUAUUUAUUCGGGCACCAUGCCUCAGGCCUGGUGUGGUGGUCUCAUUUCACCGAUUUAGAAACCAGGUACGUGGAAGAAGUAACCCGUCCAAUUACCGUGGUAUCUGUGUUUCAAGCUGCCUGGGAAAACUUUUUUGCUCUAUCUUAUACCAAAGACUUCUAGAGCGUGUCGUUUCUCGUAAUAUACUUCACAAAUCUCAGAUUGGCUUUCUACCAAUAAAAUUGUACAGCAGACCAUAUUUUACACAACGAACUUUGAUAGACAAACGCGAUCAUAAUCACAAUGAAAAAGUCUAUGCUUGUUUUGUUGAUUUCAGGAAGGCUUUUGACUCAGUCUGGCACGAUCAAUCUGUGAGGCUGCUUUUAUAGUUUGAUUAAAAGCCUUUAUUCCAAAUCUUCAUGUUCAAUCAAAACUGGUCAAAAGAAAACAAGAUCCUUUCAGUAAGCAAAGAGGUGUACGCCAUGGUUGUAUUUUAAGUCCAUUGCUCUUUAAUCUUUGUAUCAUUAAUCUACCAUUCUCCUUUCAACAUACUUUAUCUGACCCUUUUGUUCUACCAAACGGCGAAAAAUUAAAUUCCCUUCUAUAUUGCAGAUGAUUUGAUCAUAUUAUCGCGAUCUAAAACAGGACUACAAAAUUGUCUUAACACUAUCUUCCUACUACAGCUCGUAGAUAUUAAGUAUAAAUCCCCCCUCCCAAAAAAAAAACCAAAACAAGAUUGUGUUAUUUAAAAAACGCGCAAGAAAACGCACUGAAUUUUGAUUUUAUAUAGAUAACCAAAUUAUUGAUGUUGUGCAAGAGCACCGUGUAUACGUACUUAAAAACUCGAAUUUCUUCAUAAGGAAAUUUUUCAGUAACACUUGACCACCUAAAAGAGAAAGCACUUCAUGCUCUUUUCAGUCUAAGAAGAUACACGGAUUUUAGCAAGCUCAAACCAUAUUAAAAUUUUGAUACAAUGAUCUCCCCGAUUCUGACUUACAACAUUGAAAUCUGGGCUGUGUAAACUAAGUCUAAAUUUAAGGCGUGGGAUAACUCACAAAUUGAAAAAAAAACGCAUCUACAGUUUUGCAAAUGAUACCUAGACAUUCUAUAACUCCAAAGUAAACACGAAGACUUUAUUGUUAAACUUCUUGAUGUCAUUAGAUCUUCGCGCCUCUGGUAAAAAUAGCUUUCACUCUAGGCUUAUGGAGAUGUCCGAAUACUUUAAUCUUAGUCACCAAGACCCUGAUUUAUUAGACACCGCUGAAAUCAGACACUUCGUAAGUUUAAUGAAACAGAAAUAUAUUUCAUAUUGGCAACAAACCCUUCACCAUUCUCAAAAACUAGGAUUUUAUAUAAUUUUUAAAAUCGAAUAUGUUCCUCCACAUUAUAUUAUCUAGACCUAACUACAAGAACAUCUGAAAGAAGGGUCUUAACUGAACCACGCAGAAGCAAUCAAAAACUCAUGAUUGAACUUGGCAGAUACAACCAAAUCUCUACAGAUUAUUGACUCUGCCAAGUCUGAGGAUCUAAUUAAUCAGAUCGAAGACGAAAUCCAUUUUCUUUUCCACUGUUCCAAAUACUCAUUAAUAAGGUAUACUUUUUACAAUUAAAUACAGACUUUGAUUCCAAAUAUUAGGCAGUUACCUGUCAAUCAACACACCACAGAAUUAAUGAAUUUUUCUAAUUAUGUUCGUAAUUUAUAAUUAAGAUUUAUUACAUCUUGCUUCAAUUUUCAAGACGAAUUGUUAUCGAUGUAAUUUGAUUUUCGAAUACAUCUUAGAAUAAUUGUAUAAGCUUUAGCAAUACUGUAAAGUUUAUAGUCACGCAAAUAAUCUUUUCUUUUUAAGGCUCGGAUUGCUUCUGGAAUGCAGUGUCUCUCUUCCUCAAAGGAGUAACUUUGUUUGCAAAGUCAAGAGGUUUAUGGAACUUCUCGAGAUGAAAGGAAAAUGGAAGUUGAAAUUUAGCCCCUAUGGAUACGCUCUGUUAAAUUUGGACCCGCUGACACUAAUUGGUCGUGAUUUCAUAAAUCCCUUCACAAGGUUUUAUUUAGAGGGAUACCUUCAAACUCUCCUUACCGCCGACUUAAGCGGUAUCGUUUACAAUAGUUUGUUCAAUAAAACCACCGAUGAAGAAAUGAGCCACAACGUCAACUACCGGAUUUUGUCAAAGUUCUUUGAAAUGUCUGCGAUGGCUGGAGGGGUAUGACUCACUUUUUGUUUGUUUGUUUGUUUGUUUGUUUGUUUGUUUAUUGAUUACUACUACUACUACUACAUACUACUACUACUACUACAUACUACUACUACAUACUACUGGCAACUAGAUACACAUUGCCUAUAUAGUUUGUUGGGUCACUCUUGUCACCCGAUUUAUAGAUUGGGCUUAUAAGGCCUUGACACCAAAUAUCUAGUAUUUUUCCACAUUGUAAAAUGAGGUUAAAAGUUUGAUGUAAACAGGCAGAAGUGAUUCAAGGCUCGAUUUGAUCAUUUCGUUUCUUACUUUCUUCUUUCUUCUUAUUUUGUCAAAGAAAGGAGAUUUCUUAUUUUUCAAUUUCUUCACUGCUUGACGUAUUUCUUGCUUAUCUCAUGAUUUAAAUAGUUAAGUUUUUCUUUAUAUUUUUCUAAUGACUGUAGCUCUGUAUAGACUUCUUCAUUCAUUAGAAUGUUAAGAUUGAAAGCGUUUUAGCCAAGUUUCUUCCGAGAUUGGGGCGGGAGCAUUUUGGGCGACAGUAUCGUUCCUAGAUUUCAAACAACUCCAAAACGAUGCUUUGUCGGGAUUCAGUGUUAGUUCGUCGAGUUGCAGAGAUUUUUCGGUCUGAAAUUCUUUGCUUUUUGAGAACCAAAAUAAAUUCAUUAUUAUAUGUAGAUGAUUUGAUUAUCCUAUCAAGAUCCAAAAUAGCAUUGCAAAACUGUUUGAAUACGCUUUCUUAAUAUUACAAAGCAUGGAUGCUUCAAAUAACUCCGAAAAAACUAAAACAAUGAGAUUUCAAAAACGCUGAAGGAAAUCCGUUGAUAUAAGUUUCAAGAUAGGCUUCGAGACAAUUGAAAUUGUUCAAGAAUACACCUAUUUAGGCACACGUUUAACUCCAACUGGAAACUUUACCCUUGCAACCGAACACUUAAAAGAAAAAGCCUUACACGCAUUCUCCAGUAUACGAAAACAUACACUUCUUGAUAGACUUCACCCUAAUACCGCAUUGCAGAUUUUUGACACUAUGAUAUUUCCGAUCUUAAGCUACAACAGUGAGGUAUGGGGUAUGUAUACUAAACAGAAUUUUAAAAAAUGGGAUAGUUCCCCGAUAGAAAAAAUUCAUCUCCAGUUCAGCAAACGUUACCAAGAAGUAAACAAUAAGGCCUCGAACUUAGCCUGUAGAGCUAAACUUGGAAGAUUACCUCUAACUAUUCCAAUUAAUGAAAAAAUUACGAAAUAUUUUGUUUAUUUAAAAAACAAAGAUGAUGAAUCUAUAGUAAAACAAUCUUUUCUUAUGUCGAAGAAUCUACAUCUCUUUUAUAACUCGGGAUUUUAUUCCAAUUUUAUGAGCAUGAUAGCACAAUACCGUUCAUCUAACUUAGGUCCUGAAUCUUUUGAUAACGAUCAAAUUAGCAAUAUACAACUACUAUAAAAGAAAAAUAUAUAUUUUUCUGGCGCCAUAGCCUUAAACAUUCUGAAAAAAUUGAAUUUUACAAAGUUUUUAAAGAGGAAUACUCUUUAUCUGAUUAUUUACACCAGCUGAGAAAUUUUAAUGAGAGACGAACUUUAGUGAAGUUUAGGAUUAGUAAUCACAAACUUAUGAUUGAAGUUGGUCGAUAUGAUAAUAUACCCAGAGAAAGGAGAUUUUGCCCAUUGUGCAAAUCAAAUCAAGUAGAAAAUGAAAAUAAUUUCUUGUUUCAGUGCAAUAGAUGCACUUUGCAGUGACAAAUUUCUUAAAUCGAAUCAAUGAAAUAAUACCUGACAUCGAAAGAAAAUCGACCUACGAAAGCUUAAACCUUCUUAUGAAUUCUAAUGACUGCAGCCUAACUAAGAUAGUUAUAAAGUUUAUAUCCACAUUUAUAAAUAUACGUAAUACAUUAUCGAUAUCAAAUAAAAGAAAUGUAUCUAAGAAGAAUAUUAGAGUAUUAUUAGCCUUGUUUUGUUAUUAAUCAGUUUUCCUUUUGCAACACUGUAAAAUGUUAUGGUCAUGCAAAUAAAGUUUAUUACUGCUACUACUAGUACUACUACUACUACUGCUACUACUACUACUACUAGUACUACUACUACUGGUACUACUACUACUAGUAGUAGUACUAGUACUACUACUAGUACUAGUACUACUACUACUACUACUAGUACUACUGCUACUACUACUACUACUACUAGUACUACUACUACUACUACUAGUACUACUACUAGUACUCUAUCCACCUCUGUAGCUAUUACUGCUACUAAGAUUUAA